GUAGAUUUUAACUGUAAUUUUAGUCGAAGAAAUGGUGAAGAUUUUUUAAUAAUUUUAUUUGCCAUCACUGGUAAAUGGAUUAUUAGAUAAACUUGCUCAGGUGGCAUUUGGAGUGUUUUAAGAUUUUGUGGAAGUGACGAAUUUAAAAUGCCGAAAAAGAAAACUGGACAAAGGAAGAAAGCUGAAAAGCAAAAAUUGCGUCUCAAAGAGAUCAGGAAUCGUGAAGUACCACUUGCUGACAUGCCCUGUAAUGCACCAAUGGAAUGUGAAAAGUGUGAUAAAAAGCAGAAGAGUAGAGCAUUUUGCUACUUUUGCCAGAGUCUCCAACGUUUACCAAUAUGUGCUCAAUGUGGAAAGAUAAAAUGCAUGCUGAAAACUGGCGACUGUGUUGUAAAACAUCCUGGAGUAUAUACCACUGGUCUUGGUAUGGUCGGGGCGAUUUGUGAUUUCUGUGAAGCUUGGGUGUGUCAUGGAAGGAAGUGUCUUCAAACACAUGCCUGCACUUGUCCUCUGCAAAAUGCAAUUUGUCUCGAAUGCGAGCGAGGAGUUUGGGAGCAUGGUGGUCGCAUUUUCAAAUGUUCAUUUUGUGAUGGAUUUUUAUGCGAAGAUGACCAAUUUGAGCACCAAGCGUCAUGCCAAGUUUUGGAAUCGGAGAAUUUCAAAUGCCAGAGCUGUAACCGGUUGGGUCAGUAUUCUUGCUUGCGUUGUAAAACUUGUUACUGUGAAGAUCACGUGCGAAGGAAAGGAUUCAAAUAUGAAAAGAAUAAAGCAAUUCCAUGUCCGAAAUGUAAUUAUGAGACGUCUGUCACAAAAGAUUUGAGUAUGUCAACGAGAUCUCAUAAGUUUGGACGUCAACAACAGGGGGCACCAGUAGAUAGCGAUGACGAGUAUGGAGGAUUUUCAUAUUACGGCGGAGGUGCUUAUGGUGCCGGUGCCAGCUCCAGUUAUGCUCAGGAAAAUGAAAGUGACGAAGGCGAGUAUGAUUACGAAAACAGUGAUGAGGAUACCGAAGAAGACGAGGAUAGUGACGAGUCGCAAGAAACAGAACAAGACAAAGAUAAAUAGUAACAAAAAAUGCGACAUAACGUUUUUUAUUGAACUUGCAUUUACUAUAAAUAAAUUGUAUAUGUAGUGCAAAUAGUGCAAUGAAAUAACCUAAAUAAAAACACAUACUAUACUAAAUUUCCAUCGAA